GUAAGUCGUAGUAUUUGAAAAGAGUGUUAGUAACUUAUUGAUCUCAAGACUUUCGUAAAUGCUAGAAAGAUGAAUAAGAUGAAUAAUUCCACAACGAUGAACGAUACCAUAACUAUGUUUCCUUUUUCUGAGGCCAAUAUACCACUAGUCAUUUUAUGGAUAUUGAUAGUUAUUGUUGGAGGUGUUGGAAAUAGUUUAACAGUACACAUUAUAAGGAGAUUAAAAGUGAAAUCGGCGACUAUUAUUUACAUUUUGAGCCUGGCAGUAGCAGAUCUCGCUUUUUUAACUACAGUGGUGCCUUUUGUCUUCUCUCAACGCAUGACCAAUGUUCUGGUAUUGCUUGAAGACACAGGAUUGCUUUUUCUCGCUUUUUUUCAGUUUAUAACAGUGUACGUGACGUGUUGGACAUUGGUGGCGAUGACCAUUGACAGAUACCUGGCCAUUGUGUAUCCAGUAAAAUCACUGAGAUGGAGGACAACGAAAACAUCAAUAAAGGUCUCCAUAGGAGUGUGGAUUGUGUCUGCUCUUUUGUCGAUGCCAACUGCAUUCCCCUACACACAUGACUCGGACUUCUUAGAUGCGGUAGCGGUUAACAUCUUUUUGACGUCAUUCGGAAUUCCUCUGCUUAUUAUCAUAAUUUGUUACGUGAAAAUUAUCAGUGUCAUAUAUAAAAGAAACAAAGAGAUGCUUCAAAAGACAGGGGGAACAAAUACUUUGAAGAAAACCAGAAGAGUGGUCAAGAUGGUGGCUGUUUUAAUUCUCCUGUUCGCUUUUUCAUGGGGGCCGAUGCAAGUUCUAGCCAUGUUGUGGAAUCUAAAUCCCAAUUUUACAUAUUCUUUACAGUUACAUAAAUUCAGAAUAUAUGCGAGCACUUUAUCGUACGCUAAUUCUUGCAUAAAUCCUUUUGUGUAUGCGUUUAUGAAUAAGAAAAUAAGAAAAGCUUUGGCAACUAAAUUAAAAAGAAAGCAUGGUCGUGUUUAGAAAUUGACCAAACGGUACACUUACUGCUGAAAAUUAUAAUUUCUUUGUUCAUGUUCAAACACAUACUCAUAUGAAUGUAUAUUAUUAAAGUUUCUAUUAUGCAGCGUGUUAUUCAGUUGUACAAAAAAUAUAAAUUAAAACAUAUUCACGAUAAAACAAAUGAAUGGCAGAUAGCCCUAUUGAGAAUGAGUGAAAGAUGGUUUAGACUAAAGAACUCUUGUUGAACGAAUCUACAUAUCUUUUCAUAUAGUUCUAAAAAUUCGAGAGAAUUUGAUCUUUAAAAUCCCCCUUAUCUUGAAACACUUUGCGACAAUCCAUUAAACUGAAACUUCUUUUGCUUUGUUACCAUUAGAAAGAAAACUA